UCUAUAUAAGGCUACAUGACUCCGCUGUUAGUGUGUACAGAUCAACAGGAUGGCACAGCCGGAGUGGAUGAGUAUUUUCCAGAUAAAAACAAAUGACCUUCCAGAAGAAGACUCCUGGCGUCUGCAGUUUGAUGAACAUAUUGUACCUGACAGCCCGAACUUUGGAUGGAAGCAGUACAUCAGGAACACCAGUGCAUGGUUCAAAUGCACCUCCUGUGGAAGAGGCUGGCCAUCCAACCGGGUGAUGGUGCUCUUCAACAUGCGCCUGACAGAGCGGGAGGGCGUGGUCAAGGUGAGGACCUUCCGUCAGAACUGCAAAAAGUGCAGCGCAGCUCCGAUGGAGAAGCCCACCAUCACCCCCGACAACAUAGACAUCCUCCUGGAGAAUCUGGUGAAGAAGAUAAGAAUAAAAUGCUACCAUGAAGACCUGGGCGAAGCACAAAAGCCUUAUCAAACCCUUGAAGUCAAAAGUCCCCAUGAGCCUGCUCAUUGUGAGGCUUGUAUUGCAGGCUACUGUACAAGGGUUUAAGCUUGUAAUGCUCUCAAACUUAACCUAAUUUAAAAUAUUAAUAUAUGUGUCUCAGGCUUUGUGUAACACACUUUAGUAAAGCAUCAAUUGUAUUUGAUCUCCCCUCCUUUCUUGCUGUUUCAUUGUUGGUUGCUUCUAUCAUACUUACAGUAUAAACAAUAGUCAAGUUCAUGCAAGCUUUUAUAUUUAUUCUUUUUGGGGGUCAAAAGUCCUUAAGAUAUGAAGUUGUCUUCUCCAAAGCAUUAAAAUAACAUUCUUACAAUCAGAAAUGUUGGGAAUAAUUGAAGUAUAUACAAACAAUAAUGGUGUGAAUGUGUUCUGUUUUCAAAUACUUUUGUCUGAUUUUAAAUGUAAUGUAUGAUUAUUGCACAAAAAGGAAAGAUAUAAGCAUGUCAAUGAAUUUGGACACUUGAAGUACAGUUUUUAUAAAGUAGUCACUAAGAUACCGGUAAACUAAUCUUUAAACAGUACAAUGUUUAACCCAUAAGAACCCAGACCCAUUUCCACUUUUGGGGAAAUUAAGGGGAACAUAAUUUAGACUAAAUUGUUAUGAUCCGUAUUAGUUUUCCCUGUUUUAUUUUGUCCAGUCAAGAUCUGCUUUCCUGUUUUAUUUUUGAAAAGUAUUCUGUCAGUCUUGUUGUGGGUUUUGAAGUCGUUGGAAGGAUUCUGUUCUGAGGGAUUUAAUGUUUUGCCUUGCCUUAUUUUACUUUGUUGCCUGGCCUAGUUACGCAAUUAAAGGAUUUUUUGAUUUUCAACCAAC